GGGGCUCGGGGAGGGCUCGGGGGCUGCUGGGGCUCACGGAGAGGCUUUGCUCCUGCCACAGACACUGAGUGGGUCCGGCACGUGCUGGGCAGCUCUGCCCUGGGCUGCGCUGGUGAUUAGCACUGCAGUGUUAAUUACAGACGAGCUGCAGCCACCAUCUGCCACCGGGACCCACCUACAUUUCUCCCCAUUUUUUCUCUUUGCACAUCUCAGGGCGGUUUGCAAGGUCCCCCUGCAGCAAGGAGCCCCCGGCACGGGGCCGCUCCACCACCACCGUGCGCCCAAACCUCUCCGAGGCUUCCCCUUGUGCCGGCAUCCCCCGGGCUCACGGAGGAACCUGUGGCCAGCGCCACCGAGAAGUUGUGCAGCCCGGUUAAUUCUGGGCUGGCGGCUGUGGGCUGCUGGUGCCUGCAUCCCUCGCCACGUCCUGAGCAGGGCAGGGUGGUGGCAGAGCCCCCGUCCCCCCGCUGCCCCUGGCUGUUACUUAACAGCACGGCAAUAAUUCCCCGCCUGGCUUUGGGGGCAGGUGGGAUUAGCGCCGUCCACAGGCCCCUAAUCCAGAUCAGGGGAGGAAGACCCGGAGCUCUCAGGGGCUUUCAGGAAUCGGCGCCGCCGCAGCGUGGCACGGGGCCCUGGAGGGCAGGCUGGGACAAGGCAUGGAACCUUUUUGUGAUCAGGGAACGGGAGAAAGGCAUCACCGGGGUCAGGCAGAGGGCUGGCUCCCCUCCUCGUGGUGCCCCGGCCAGCGGGGUGAGCGCGGGGAUGGACGUGGCCAGUCGGGACCCCGAGCACCGUGCUGGAGGAGGGUGCCCAGGACCUUUGCCACCGGGAAGGUCACAGUUCACGUGUCCCCUGCCCUUGGCAGAAAUAGUUCCUGCUAAUCUGCAAGCUAAGCAGCUCUCCUGCGUGCAAUUAACAGGGAUCACCAGUCCCAGCCCCGCUCAGCACGUGCCGGCACCUAAAGCCGGGCUGGGUGCGGGAGCGUGGCAUCUCCUAAACCAGCUGGUCUCACCCACCGGCAUUUUUUGGGGUCCCCCCAGCAGGGUUUAGGAGUUAGGGAGCCCCCAGAGCCGGAGGUGCCAUCCCCGUGGGCACGUUGGCCAUGGGGUGAAUCGACCAGGCAGCCCCUUCCCUCCCCUCCGCCACCGAACCCGGGGCUGUCCCGGCUCCACGUGGGCUGGGAGCGGUGCUGGGGUGAUGCCGGGGGGAGCGGGCACCCCUGCCCUCCCCCUGCCCUCCCCCUGCCCGCCUCAAUCAGCAUCACCCUGCCCCUAAGCCCCGCCAAGCCCCGUAAGCUGCUUUCUCGGGGCUCCAGCCACAGCCGUAUUGAUGGCCCCACUCUUACUCGCGGAGCGUCUCCCCGGUUAAUCAAUUAAUAGGAUUCCAGCCCCAAAAUACCUGUCCCCCCCACACACACGACUCAUCUCCAGCCAGGCAGGAGCCGGGGGAGGGCUGGGGCAGGUAUAAGAGGCUGCAGGACAGGGAGCAGCCGGGGAGAAGGAGGAGAGGAGGAGAGCAGCACCCAGCCCAGGUCCGAGCCGCGCGGCACCCGACUUAAAAUGGCAGAUGGAGCAAAGGUGUUCAAGAAGACGAGCCCCAACGGGAAGCUCUCCAUCUACCUGGGGAAGAGGGACUUCGUGGACCACGUGGAGUCCGUGGACUCUGUGGAUGGCGUCUGCCUGAUCGACCCGGAGUACCUGAAGGACAGAAAAGUUUAUGUGACGCUGACUUGCGCCUUCCGCUACGGCCGGGACGACCUCGAUGUUAUCGGGCUGACCUUCAGGAAGGACCUCUACGUCCUGACCACGCAGAUCUUCCCGCCGGUGCCCGACCAGGUGCCCAAAACCCUCACCCCUCUGCAGGAGAAGCUGAUGAAGAAGCUCGGCGAGAACGCGUACCCCUUCACCUUCGAGGUUGCCACCAACUUGCCCUGCUCGGUCACCCUCCAGCCGGGACCAGACGAUGUGGGGAAGGCCUGCGGCGUGGACUUCGAGGUGAAAGGGUUUUGUGCUGAAAACCUGGAGGAGAAGAUCCACAAGAGGAACUCGGUGCGCCUGAUCAUCCGCAAGAUCCAGUUUGCACCCAUGAAAACGGGCCCCGCGCCCAAAGCGGAGACCACCCGGCAGUUCAUGAUGUCUGACAAACCCCUGCACCUCGAGGCCUCCCUGGACAGGGAGAUCUACUACCACGGAGACCCCAUCAACGUGACUGUCAACAUCAACAACACCACCAACAAGAUUGUGAAGAAAAUUAAGAUCUCAGUGGAUCAGAUCACGGACGUGGUUCUCUACUCGCUGGAUAAAUACACGAAGACCGUCUGCAUGGAGGAGAUCAACGAGAACGUGGCGGCCAACUCCACCUUCUCCAAAACCUACUCCGUCACCCCCACGCUCUCGGCUAACCGCGAGAAGCGAGGCCUGGCUCUGGAUGGCAAGCUCAAGCAUGAGGACACCAACCUGGCCUCCACCACCAUCCUGAGGCCCGGCAUGGACAAGGAGGUGCUGGGGAUCCUGGUGUCCUACAAAGUGAAGGUCAACCUGGUGGUGUCCCGAGGAGGCAUCCUGGGGGAUCUCACUUCCAGCGACGUUGGCGUUGAGCUGCCCGUCAUCCUGAUGCACCCGAAGCCUGCGGAUGACAAGCCAAGGAGCGAGGAGGACAUCGUCAUCGAGGAGUUCGCCCGGCAGCGCCUCAAGGGCGAGCGGGACGACGACGAGGACAAGGAGGAGGCGGACAAGGAGGAGAGCUGAACGCCCGCCGCCAUCUUGGGACCCCCCCCCAGCCGCCAUCUUGGGACCCCCCCCGCCAUGGCGGCCCCCUCCCCGCUGUGGCCACGCCCCCGCCGCCAUCUUGGCCCCUCCCGCCCCCACAUGUGGCCAC